AUGUGUAAAAUAUGUGAUACAAUAUAUCCACGAAUGGAUAAAUGUCAAGUACAUAUCUGGGGACAUUUUGAUAUGAAACCAUAUAAAUGUAAUAAAUGUAAUUUUAAUACAUUAACUGUUACAAAUAUACGUAGUCAUAUACAUGUAACAUGUGAUAUUUGUAAACGUAAAUUUUAUUCAAAAGGUAGAUUAAGAGUACAUAUUUUAACACAUAAUAAAGAUAAAAAUUUAAUAUGUAAAUAUUGUUCACAACAUUUUACAACAAUUGAAGCUGUUAGCAAACAUUAUGAUAGUGUACAUUCACAUGAUUAUACAUUACAUUUUGAUGCACAAUAUAAAUGUCAUUUAUGUACAAAUGUUUAUAAAAGUAGUCAUAUAUUAAAAGAACAUAUAUUAAAACAUCAAGGAAUUAGAAAAUACAAAUGUGAUGUUUGUGAUAAAUCAUUUGCACAACAAUCACAUUUAGCUGCUCAUAAAGCUGUUCACAGUGAUAAGAGAUUUAUUUGUCCAGGAUGUGAAAAAGCAUUCAAUCGUCAGGACAACAUGAAAUCACAUACUAAAAAAUUACGUAGUGAAAUUUAUUAG